UGCCGCAGAGGGGGAUACCUUGUACUUUUGUAGCAAGAAAAGCAAAGCAAGAACGAGAGUUAGGAGAUUCCAUACCUCCGUGACGUAUUUAGAGCUUUAAGUUUCUAUUUUUAUCCUGUGCAAAAAUUAAUCAAGCCACCCAAAAUCAAGACAACAGCAUGUCCAUGACGAAAAUUCAAACACAAGGAGUGACCCUGCAAUACCGGAAAAAGCCGACAGGAGACCUGACCUUACACUCAACGAGUCUAACCGCUUCUGGAAGUGUUGUGCUGACACGCCCACCUGUUGUGCCGUAGUGAUUGUCAUGGAAACCGCUCUCGAAAUUUGAGAGAAGACAACACAUUUCUAACACACACGCCGGCCCAGCCUGGCAUCGAAGUUCACGGUAACGUGAAACCUUCUGCUUCAACUAAGAUCCAACAGUUGUCUAUCUCCAACCCACGUUUGGACUUUGCUUUUGAAAAACAGGUCUUGAAUUGGGAGUUGCUUGGUCAUUUGAAGAUCGAACAAAUUCAACAAUGUCAUCAACCGCUAGUGACGUGUCUGUUCUGCUUCCGUUUUCCGACGGAAAUCCGGAGGAGCAGCAGGAGUUACUGUGCUGCCCAUUGGUAAAGGUCCAGAAAGUUGAGUUUAGCAAUAUCGAUGACAACGAGCGACUAUUGGACUAUGUUCAGCGAGUAAAGAAAACCGUGAAAGCCUGUAUCAACAACGUCCUGGCUCUGAGUGACAUCUCCACGUUUGUCCACUCCGCCGUCGCCAGAGACUUCCACAGCGUACCGGGUCCGAGUGUGGAAGCAAGUUUCCUCGCUUUCAACAAAGCUUACACAAGGCAAUACAUGGACCCAGCCGCCAGCACCACUCCCUACGCCGUGGUAGACCUGGACUCGUCUACCAUGUUAACGGAUGCGAGACAGGCCCUGAGAAAAGUCGGUUUUCCAGCCUUCGUGAAGCCAGCGACAGGGUUCGCGUCUGUGGGCGUGAAGAAGGUGAACAGUGAUGAUGAAAUGACAAGCGUGCUGCAGAACCUACGCACAAUGAGGGAUAAAUACCCAAAUUUCCUCUCAGCUCCGAGUGCGUCAUUCUUCAGGAGUUUUUACGAGGAAUACGUGGAUGUGAAGAAGUACCCUCUCGCUCUUCGCGAUGCCGUAGUCGUGGAACCCUUCAUAGAUGCCGAGAACUUCUACACUGUCGACGGCUGUGUCAUCGAUGGACAGAUCGUGCACUGGGCAAUCACGGACAGUCUCCGGUAUGACGAUCAGGACGCCAGGUUCGUGACCAUGAUCUGUCCCACCACUCUUACUCACGAGCAGCAGAAACCGAUCUGGGACUUUUACGAUGACGUGAUGACAAAGAUGAUCCGGUUUGGUUUCAACAAUUCCUUCGUCCACAUCGAAGUCUUUCAGAUGAAAGACAAGCAGCUCAAGUUGAUUGAAGUCAAUGCGCGGGCUUCAAGGCAUCACCAGUCCUUAUAUUCGGUCUGCUUUGAGAAUGGACGCAUGGACUAUGUGAGUCUGUCCUCGGGUCACGGCAUCCGGCACGCCCCGCCCGUCCCGACUGGGAAACACGGCAUCAUGUACCUGGUCAAGUUCCAGGAACUGGAGAGGGCCGGCAAUCUCAUGGACUUUGGCCAGAUUGACAAGCUGAGGACCGACCCAAACGUGCGUUUCAUCCUAACUGCUGGGCCUGAUGAAGAAGUGACCGAUUUCUUCGGCAGCACAGGCGCCCACUUCUGUAUCGUCCUGGCAUUCGGAAACACAAGGACGGCCGCGAUAGGGAAGCUGGCGGACGUUUUGCGUCUAACCGUCAAGAAACCGGAGAAACUGACAUAUCCGAUAUCUUAUGAGACACGGAGCUUGAGAGAAAAGAGAAGUUCUGGUGGAUUCAUGACUGCAACAAUGUAAACAUACUAUAGCUGUAAACAAAUCAAUGGGUGAGUUAUAUGGUAUAACACCCCAUCAGUUGUGCUUCUUAUUAGCUUUGGCCCUUGUUCUAGAUAUGUAUGUAUGUAUGCAGUGAUGUUUUGACGGACAUGGCCACACGUCUGGCAAUAGCAAUACAGGGCCAUACAGGUGGAAAAUCUGGUGGAUUGGACACCACCAACGGUUACCAAUCCUCUGUGACAAUGGAGGAUUACAUAUACAUAACUAUGAUAUAUAACUACCGACACUAUACAGUCCCAACUAGGGCCGAUGUUAGAUUACCUAGCCUUGUACACAAACCAAUAUUUAUCAUUGUGCAUGCCGCGCUGUCCGUCUAUGUAAGUCAAUGCAUACAUUCGCUCGUUCAACAAGAAUACAGUCGCUCGUAUCCGGCGAAGUAGGAGUAUUUGGGACCAAACAAAUUGGCGGAAUAGAGCUAAGAAAAGCUAUUUGACCUGAUCAGUGAUUGGUCCCGAAAGUUUGACCCUUGACCCCACAGCACCAAGAGAUGCCAAACUGUCAGUCCAACUGUGGCCCUCGUCUCCGACGGACCUUCCACUCUCCGCCUCCACCGCCAAAACAGAAAUCUCGUCGCCGCUGAGGUCGGUCUGGGACGCCGAAGGGACCUCGAGGGUUUAGCGAAAUCGCCGGGUCGGUGUACGGGGGACGUUGGUCCCCCGGAAGGUUUGACGAGAUAUUCUGUGUUCUCUCGUGUUUCAAUUACCGUGUGUGCUUUCAGGAGUGCAGAGCUACAUGUACCGUCUUUGUUCUUGCUGUGCUGGAUGCCUCGAAUUCUGAGGACCGGCCGUAUUGUUCUAACAUUUGCAUUUCUAUCACGUAUUCGUAUGUAUGAGCUCUUAGCGGCUCGUGGGAGGAUGACCGCCUUACACCAUUUUUCGUUUUACAGCUUUAGCCUUUUCUCCUAGGUCUGGUCGAGUCUAGGACGUUUUUAAUUCACGCUGGCGUUCUGUUUCUGCGUGGAGCUGAGUGAUUCUUGUGUGGUUUCGUGACUUGGUGUAUGUUUUUAGCAGCGUUCGACAGCCACAUCCAAGCAGAUAGUUGGUGCCCACGUGGCAAGCCGGUGGUUCUCUGAAAUUCCUUUGUUGCCAUGUUUUUUGCAUCCUCUUUUUCCUCUGCAAAGGAAACCUGUGGGUGUUGGCUUUUAAUGCUGAGGUGUGGAGCAGAACGAGAGUUUCCAGAUUUUAUGUCAUUUUCUGAUUUUCGUGAAUAUUUUCAGGCAGGAACAGAGAAAGACGAGGGCAUGGUCCAGGAGGCUGUGUUGGGGUUUUCUGCUACCAUUUGUUUUAGUUCGCAUGUGUAUGAGUGCGUACCUGUAAGGCGUGGUGACUGAGUUGUGGACACGCGUGGCCCAGUCCUAACCGCGUUCGCGGCACCCUAGACCGUUUGUGGGAGGGCUGGGCGGUGUGGAAGAUGCGUAUGUUUUAGAUUUGUCUGUCUGGGACCGGACCUGUUGCCGGCGCCCGUCCCUUCCCACUGUCUCAUGGUUCACGUGUUGUUCAUACAGGUCUGACGCCCUCCCCCCUCCUACAACAGGGAUGCGCGGGACACACCACCACCCAGAGCCGGCACAAGCCACCAUCAACCUCGCCAGAUGUGCGGCCCGAUAGGACCCGUUGGUGGCCUGCACAAGCUUCAGCAGCAGAGAGGGCUCAAGACGCGCCAGGAAACCUGUUAGCCGAACAGUUAGGCUGUGAUGUUUUAUGUUGUGAAUCAUGUUCUUUGUGCCGAACAUAGUGCUACAAGGGACAGCGGUCAGAGGAUCAGGGUCGACUGGCGCUCCAGUCCCCGACACCGCCCAGCCCCUGCCGGUCAGUUCAGCUAACCCCGCCGACAACUCAAGGAACUGUAAGUCAUUUUCCCCCUACUUUUCGUGAAUAGAUUUUGAAUGUCGUUCUCCAGUGCGAUGGGGUGCCGCGGGAUGCUGGAGGGUUAGGAACUAAUCGAGCAACCCUGUUUUGAGACUGGUCUGACCAAGAACGUUCUUUGGUCUGACGCCAUUUUUUCUUUUUAGCACGGCAAGAUAUCAUUCAGUGCGAUGGGGUUCCGCGGUAAGCUGAAUGACCCAAAAAGUGAGCAAUCUUUCUUCAGCUUGGUGUGACGUUAUCCAGUGCGAAGGGUUUCCGCGGAAGGCUGGACGAUCCGAGAAAUUUGUGUUCUUUUAAUCCUUUUUUCGUGAUUUGUGGUGAUAUCAUCCAGUGCGAAGGGGUUCCGCGGAAAGCUGGAUUCUUGGAAAACCCUAAAAGUUGUGUACGCUCUUGUUUUAACUUUGAGCGAUUUUAUCCAGCGCGACGGGGUUUCGCGGAAGGCUGGAUAACAUGCUAUGCGGGAGUGUGCAAGGACUUGGUCCGGACUGAGGCUUGGUUAUAGUGUAUGUGGGACACGGGCAUUAGGAAUGGAGUGAGCAAUAUGUUUUGCGUUUUUUUUUUUUUAAUUGUGUGCUUAGGAUUUUGUUGUCUUUCGGAACAUUGCGGAUUUCGCCAGUUGCACUAGAGAGCUCCCUUUAUGGGACUUCAGAAGGGCGUGGUUCCCAAAGUCGCCGAGAAGAUAGGGUAGCAUUCGAAGAAUUUUCUUUCCUUCCUGUUUUCGCUCUAUUUUAUGUAACGUGGAGAAUUUUAGAUCGGUUUCUUGGCGUUGAUUUUCUCUCACUUUUUCGAAGCGCGCUCUGCGGCCGAUUAGAGUGGGUAAACGUUGUUUUGACGAAGUUCAGAGAAGAACAUGAUGAAGUGUGGGGGACAAGUCGAGAGAAAUAAGAAAGGGAUUAGAUAUGUAAGGGGAGAGGAAAGGUGAGAGAGUGUUGAUAAGGACGGGAAGACGGGAAAGGGAUGAAGAUAGGGGUGAUUUAUAACAGUUUUCAGGAAGAGGAAAGGAGCGACUAGAUACCUUUGGAAAGUAUCAUAGUAGGGAGGCACUAGGGGACAGGAAAGGAAAGGCUCAAGAAGCCAGAGAGGACAAAGGCGGAAGACGAUUUCCGCAUCACUUCAUAACGGAGGGGCCAAGGACUGAUUCAGGACAAAUAGGAUACUAUUUGACCUGAUCAGUGAUUGGUCCCGAAAGUUUGACCCUUGACCCCACAGCACCAAGAGAUGCCAAACUGUCAGUCCAACUGUGGCCCUCCGGCUACGUCUGGAGCCUGAAACGACCCACCCGCCCAGCCCUCGACAAGAUUUCUGUUUUGCGUGGACGGUGACGCCCGCCUAAGGGCGGUCGUCUCAGCGCUUAGGUGACUUUAGGCUCCAGACGAUUUCCGCAUCACUUCAUAACGGAGGGGCCAAGGACUGAUUCAGGACAAAUAGGAUACUUUUUUGGCCACACACAGUACAACGCGUCCUACCUACUCGCCGCCAUCUUGGAUUUAAAAAGAAAAGUCAAUGCAUACAAAAUACACUCCAAAGUGAAGAAACGUUUAUUUAGAUAUCAAUAUAUUAGUACGUAGGAUAUGAGUAUCAUAACAAGUUUUAAUUGUUUAGAAUAGAUUAGUUCAUUAGGACUGCUGCUAAGUACUUGUUGCCCAAACCCGCCAUACUUUGAACGCCAUGUACACGUAUUGUGUAAUAAUUCAAGUGUGGUUCAGUGAGGUCUGGGUGUAACUUAAGCUAACUCAUAAGGGGGCAGAGUAUCUCAGGUUAAUCUGAGGCCAAACUUGGCAUCAUGUCUUCAAAUCGAUAUACAUAGGGAACGCAGCUGUUUCUCUUGAAGAGCUAUUCUUCAACUGGUCGUAACAGAGAAGACAGACGCUGUGUACAGUAUUCAAAGGUCCAUUGUACCGGGUACAUUUCCCUUGCUCUUUUUGACACGUAAAAUGAACAGUGGACCACGGCUUAAGUCUCGUCCUACGGACUGCAACCCUUUUCGAUAGCCGCUAAUAACAACUGGACUACACACA